CCCUGACAUUGUGGUGAGGCCGAAAGUAACCAGCCAUGCCAGCCCUGAGGGGAGCGGUAUCUUCUGUCCUCUCUGGAUGGUUAAGGCUAUACAUGUCUAUCAGCAGAAGACCACCACCGCCAUAAGUGAUGACCCAUCCGGAAAGACCUCCAGCAGUAUGACCGACCAACCGGCCACGUUCUGUAUAAAAGCCACUAUGUGGUCCCUCCUCUCGUACAGCCGAGGGAGUGAUAAAGCGACUGAAGUCUUUGCCUAGAUCUUGGCUCCGCAAAGAGUCAAAACCAGCAGAAUCCCAGGAGCCGGCGCGACACAUCUCACGACUUCCAAGGACAGUUUUACAUAAAGCUGUGAGCAAAGCGAAUCGCGCAGAAGCGAGUAGGUCGCGGGAGCAAGUACGAGAGAGGAGUUUGUCAUCUUGGCGCAGCUUCUCCUGAUAUCAACGUUAUUUGUGGCUUCACCUAAGACUUCAGGAGCCCGAGCAUACUGAACUCAAGAUGAUGGGCGAAGAUCCCAACUCAACGAUGACCAUGGUUAUUGACACCAAAGCAUCUCCAAAAAAUGAAUGCAUAGACUUGGAACAGUUUCAGUGGGUCUUUACCUACCAACCCCCGUACAUGUGGUUCAUCUUCGUCUUGGGCUUCAUAGAAAACUUUUUUGUCAUCUCAGUCUUUAUCCUUCACAAGAGUCGCUGCACAGUGGCCGAGAUCUACCUGGGGAAUAUGGCAGCUGCCGAUUUGAUUUUUGUCAGCGGCCUACCAUUCUGGGCUAUAUACAUCACCAACCAUUACUACUGGCCAUUUGGAGCCUUUAUGUGUGUGGCCGUCAACUCACUGAUCCAAAUCAACCUUUACAGCAGCAUUUAUUUCCUCAUGAUGGUAAGUGUUGACAGAUAUCUGGCUCUGGUGAAGACCAUGUCCGUUGGUCGCUUGAGAAGACCCUGGUGGGCAAAGGUGAGCUGUGCAAUCAUCUGGAUUUUCUCAUUUGUGUUGAGCAUGCCCACCAUGGUGUUCCGAAAGGUGAUGUUCAUCGAAGACUUUAAUACCACUGCCUGUAUUACAAAACUACCGUCUUUAGACUGGUACAUUGCCCAAAAUAUCAUCAUGAAUGUUCUUGGCUUCUUGGUGCCGUUGGUCGUCAUCGCCUUCUGUACAUUGCAAAUUAUUUGUGUUUUGAGGAACAACGCAAUGCAGCAGUUCAAGGAUGUCAACAAGGAGAAGAAGGCCACUUGGCUGGUCUUGUCCGUGCUCUUGGUCUUCAUAGUGUGCUGGCUUCCCUUCCAUAUUUGCACCUUUAUUGACACAUUGGAACGGUUCGGCGCCUUCCCUACGUGUGUGGUGAGAUCCGUUAAUCAUAUUUUUAACCAAAUCUCAACUUACAUUGGCUUUAGUAACAGCUGUAUCAAUCCGGUCCUGUACAUCAUGGUUGGGAAUAACUUUAGGCAAAAAGCUGUUGAUGUCUACUGUGGGCUUCUACGUAAAGGAGGAUAUAACAGAAGGAAGUCAUCAUUCCCGACAGAUGAAACCACCGUCAACUCAACACCGACUUCAUUCCCCAUGGGAUUUAACAAGAAGAAAUCAAUUGCUUGAAUCUCCUAUCGCAACUUUUUGGCUUCAGUGUUUUUAGCCUUAUUUCAUAUUUAUUUGAUGGCCUUGAAGGGAAGCAGUCUACACUGUGUGAAGAUCACAUCUGAGAACAUAUUGUACUUGGAACAUUUGACCAGAGGACCAAUUCUGUUCAAGGAUCCACAAAUGUUCAGGACCCCCUGAGAGUCAAAAAACCAAAUUGACCUGCUAGUGCAGCAGGAGCCUGACCCAGUGGCCUACAGCUCUAAUUUUCCCACGUGAAUUUUGUGUCUUGCUAUGUUUAGUGAUCAUUGCCACCUAAAUCCUUCCUCCGAAGGUUCAGAAGAUGACAUAGGUGGGUAUGGAGGUUUCUAAUGAGAGAAGUGACUAAGUUCCACCAAAGAAAGCUCCUUCAUAUCGGGAACCAGAAGCCAGGGUGUGCAUACCAUGGAGGCAGGCCAUGCAGAAGCUAUGAGACCCUUGAAGAAAGGGGGCUCAGCCCUGGUCAACUCAACCCCUUUGUUAUUCGAUGAUUACAAACUGUGAAGGACUCUUCCAGUAGCUCAGAGGAGGAAUUUCGUCAUGGAAAGGGGAUAGCAGGUGAAGCAAACAGGCCCUUCUGUCCUUGCACCAUAAUGGGGGCCUACUUUUAGUCUAUUCUUUGGCGUCCCUCUUCUAUGUACACCACUAAUUGGAAAGUGUUAUUAAAGGGACGCACACCUUACGUGUUUACAUUGUGGUUUUAUUUGCUUGGUGAACUUAAGCCAAGUAUAUACAAAAUUCAUCUUCUAAUCUUCCCUGGCACCAUUUGGUGGGUGUAGAUGUCCCUGUGGUCCCAUAGAUGUCCUAACAAAGGCUCUGUCUUCUGACCAAUGUUUAUUUUUAUUUUAUAAGAUCUUUUAUCUAAUGCAGAUUUUUUUUUUUUUAUGCUGUUUUUGUAUAUAUUGCACAACUUCCAGGCAAUCUCAUACCACAUGUAUUCAUGUGGUCAUGUCUGGAUGAGGGCAGUGAGGAGAUAGGAACUGCACUCUAUAUAAACGCCUCUUUAAGCUUGGCUGCCACAUCCAAGAAUCCUUGUAUGACCCAGGCUCUAGUAGGUCUACCAAAGUAUUUUCUUAGGCCAGUAAUAGUAUUAGGGCAGAACUACAUAGGUGGUCUGUCCAAGCUGCAGUCAGUCUUCUCUAUGACCAGAGUCCUGGUGAUUGCUCCUAACGCCAUUGAUUUUGUGACCCUCACCCUAUCGAAGCAAC